AUGUCUGACUCAGACGUGGAGGCCAUUCUGACCUGUUUCCGCGGUCUCCCUCGAACAGAACGUCGCGCGGUAAUCCAUGGUAUCCUUGACGGGCUGGACUCGUCAGAAUGGAUGAGCGUUAAAGCUCGCACCCGUGAAAGAUCAUAUUGCGAUAUACUAGGAAAACUGCCCAUCGAGCUUGUCGCACUUGUCGCGGGAAACCUCCCGUUAGUGGACAUUAUCAAGAAUCAGAGAGUCUCGCGCCGAUGGAGGCAAAUUCUCUCCUCGGCAGAGGUCAAGGCCGCUGCGAUCAAAGCUGCUUUCGAUCCGGGAGAAAUUACUGUGGACCUGAACAAGCUCAUUCGACAAAGGGUUCGAAUCGAGCGCGGAGACCCUGUUUCCAGAUCCCGAUGCAGAAUAAUGCCACCGGCAGAUGCGCGAAUGAUACACCUUGAUGACAGCCUAUGGAUGGACUGCACUUUCAAUGGCGUCGCAGCAUGGCAUCGCUCCAAUGACCGCACAAUCAUAUCUCUCUUCGAUGCGAAAAAUGGGGAACGUUCCGACUUAUGCUCCGAAAACCGUGAAAGCCUGCACUCUCCUGCUAUGUCAGAAGCAUUGGUGGCCGCGGUCUCAAACCGGGGACAUUGUCAUGUGUGGAGUAUCGUCUCCCAUGAGUACAGAUCCUUUCGCCUACCUUCUGCAUCUUUUACUGACGUGCGAGUCAACGGCUCGAAUGUGAUGGUUGCUGAGAAACCUUCCCGCAACGACAGCAUGGUUAGCUGGGAGUGGGAAUCAGGUAUAGCCGAAACCAGAGCCUUAGACACGGCCGUAUGGUCGGCCAGCAAGACCUCCAAUAUGAUAUGGCCCGACGAAAGAAAAGAUUUGCCACCCAAUGCGCCGUUCUGCCAUUAUAACAAUGUACUGAACGUACUGAGCGCUUCGGAUCGGUCUCGCUUGUCCAAGAAUCUUCCCCAUGGCGAUUGGAAUGAGGGUAGCCGGUUCUUUGGGAAUGAGAACUUUCUUGGCAUCUUCCAUCGGUCUUCAGGUGUCAUGGAGAUUUGGAGAUUCGAUGAAGAGUGA